AUGGUAAGCAUCACCUCCCCCCUCUUUCCAUCCACACAGAGCAAGCCCCUCGUGACAGAGGGAGGCGCUGGAGGCUCCAUCCCCGGGCUGGACCAAGGCAGCAAUGUGGCGUGCCUGCCGGGGACGAAAAGGUGCACGCAAAUGCCGAAUCUGUGUGUGCCUUCAGACAUCCCCUGCAGUGCCAUAGGUGAGACUGUGACAAGCAAUCCCUUCGUGACAGAGGGAGGCGCUGGAGGCUCCAUCCCCGGGCUGGGCCAAGGCAGCAAUGUGGCGUGCUUGCCGGGGACGAAAAGGUGCACGCAAAUGCCGAAUCUGUGUGUGCCUUCAGACAUUCCCUGCAGUGUUAUAGACGCUGCGAACGUGCAUAAUCAGACGGAUGUUCAGACAUUUCUCAACGCCUUUUGUAAAGCGAAUGCAUAUAUAAAAGGCUGCCACAGCAAGCCCCUCGUGACAGAGGGAGGCGCUGGAGGCUCCAUCCCCGGGCUGGACCAAGGCAGCAAUGUGGCAUGCCUGCCGGCGACGAAAAGGUGCACGCAAAUGCCGAAUCUGUGUGUGCCUUCAGACAUCCCCUGCAGCGUUAUAGGUGAGGCACGCAAGAGGUCGGUGGGCAUCAGCUCGAUUGGUGUGCAGGGCGGGGCUGUGGCAGUUUGA